ACAUUUCGCGUUGACGUUUCCAAACAAACGUCAUUGUCGUCAUAUCAAUAUCGCGAAAAUGCUCUAAUUAUUAGUUAAUUUCCCGCACAAACCACGCAAUAAUGUAUCUGAAAGCAAUAUUCCUCGUUUUAGUGAUAGUGUCUAGUGAAUCUCACAGGAUUCGUUCGAAUCCCGCCGACGAAUCCUUCCUCAAUAACCCUCGUUACCUCAAUUACGACGAAUUGACGAAUUUGUUUAAACAGUUAGAGGCGGAACACCCGGAAAUCGCCAAAUUGAGAAGUGUGGGCAAAUCUGUGAAGAACCGCGAUUUGUGGGCGCUCGAAAUCAACAGCAAUGUGGCAAACAGGACGUUGCUUACACCCAUGUUCAAAUUUGUGGCGAAUAUGCACGGGGACGAGACCGUGGGGCGGCAGUUGAUGGUAUAUUUAGCGCAGUAUUUGAUUGACAACUACGGGAAGGACGAGAGGGUGACCAAGCUGGUGAACAGCACGGAUAUCUAUCUCAUGCCUUCUAUGAAUCCGGAUGGGUACGAGAACUCAGAGGAAGGCAUGUGCGAGUCAAAACCCGGUUAUACAGGUCGAGAAAACGAGAAUAGCAAGGACCUGAAUCGCGAUUUUCCGGAUCAGUUCGACUCUGUCCGUACCGGGACCAUAUUGGCGGGACGCCAGCCCGAAACAAUAGCUCUCAUGACCUGGAUCAUAUCGAGGCCAUUCGUCUUAUCGGGGAAUCUACAUGGGGGCGCUGUCGUUGCAAGUUACCCCUUUGACGACUCAGGUUCCAAGCGCCAAUGCUGCCGCGAAAGCAAAUCCCCCGACGACGCUCUCUUCAAAAAGCUCGCUCUCACCUACGCCCAGAACCACCCUCUCAUGAAGGGCGGUAGAGCGUGCCGAAGCGACCAAUUCGACCAAGGAAUCACCAACGGUGCCUUCUGGUACGAGGUCAGAGGCGGCAUGCAAGACUUUAACUACGUCCAUUCCAACUGCUUCGAAGUGACCUUCGAGCUCAGCUGCUGCAAAUUCCCGAAAGCAGAAACCCUCCCCACGGAGUGGGCCAACAACAAAGAGUCGAUAUUGCAGUUCAUAGAGGCCAGCCACUGGGGCGUCAAGGGCCUGGUGACCGACCGAAACGGCGAACCCGUCCUCGACGCCGACGUCGUCGUGGUGGGCGUCCGCCACAACAUCACCACCUCCAACCGGGGCGAGUACUGGCGGCUGCUGCUGCCGGGGGAGUACGAGAUGUACGCCGCCGCCUACGGGUUUCAGCCGUCGAAGCUAGUCAAAGUCGUCGUGGAGGCCGACCGCACCACCAUCCAGAACUUCAGCAUGGAGCGGUCGUCGGCAGAGAAAGAUGACUAUAAAAUUUUACUAAAUCAAACCCAGCGGACUUUCGACGUUUACGGUUUCUUGUCGAGUGAUAGUGACUUGUUCAAGCACCACCACUACCACGAAAUGGUGGAGUUCCUUAAGGAGAUCAAUGACUCCUAUCCCAACAUCACCCAUUUGCACUCUGUAGGAAAGUCGGUGCAGGGGAGGGAUUUGUGGGUGAUGGUUAUAAGUAGCACCCCUAUGAAACACACCCCAGGUAAACCUGAGUUCAAGUAUAUAGCGAAUAUGCACGGGAAUGAAAUAGUUGGUCGAGAAUUAUUAUUGUAUUUGAUGAAGUAUUUGUGCGAGCAUUACGGGGUUGACGAUAGAGUGACCAGGCUUUUGGAUGGUACAAGGAUUCAUUUAAUGCCCAGUAUGAACCCCGAUGGGUACGAAAGGAGCCAUGAAGGGGAUGAUUCGAGUGCCGUAGGAAGGGGUAAUGCAAAUAAUGUAGAUUUGAACAGGAAUUUUCCAGAUCAGUAUUAUAUUAAUGAGUUUAAUCGUGCUCUUCAACCGGAAACGAAGGCUGUGAUGGAUUGGAUAUUGUCGGAACCUUUCGUUUUAUCGGCAAACCUUCACAAUGGGGCUUUGGUUGCUAAUUACCCAUAUGAUGAUAAUCCACCGGGACAAGCAGGCGAGAAUUUGUCUCCAGACGAUGUUGUUUUUAAGUUCCUAGCGCACUCAUAUUCAGAUGCGCACAAGUCCAUGCACCAGGGCGCCGCGUGUCCGCUCUUCCCCGACGAGCGCUUCCAGGACGGCAUCACCAACGGCGCCAAGUGGUACUCCGUCAGCGGCGGCAUGCAGGACUGGAACUACCUCGUGGCCGGCUGCAUGGAGCUCACCAUCGAGAUCGGGUGCUAUAAAUACCCGUACGCCAAGGAGCUCCCUAGGUACUGGCUCGACAACCGCGACGCCCUGCUCACCUACAUGGAGCAGACCAACCGCGGCAUCCGCGGGUUCGUGCGCAGCACCAUCGGCCAGCCCAUCGAGGGCGCCAAGAUCCUGGUCGCGGGGGUGAGCCACUACGUGAAGUCGCACAAGGGCGGCGACUACUACAGGAUCCUGUUGCCGGGGAGGUACAACGUGACCAUCGAGGCGCCCGGCUACGAGAGCUACACCAACGAGGUGGUGGUGCCGCGCGAGGGCAGCGUGGACUACAACGUGAGCUUGAUGAAGGACGACCCGAUGCACUGGGCGGAUGGGUACGACUUCGGCAUCACCGAGAACGUGUUGAGGCCGAAAUAUCACAGUAAUGCGGAGGUGUACGAGAUCUUGGCAGGGAUGGAGAAUAGGUUCUCGGAUGUGGCAGCGUUCCAGAGCGGGGAUGAUUUCGUGUCCAUGACGGUGAGGUCGUUGAAGAUCACGCACGAGAUUGACUCAUCUGAAGAAACCAAAUUCCACGUGGCCAUCAUGGGCAACCUCUACGCCACCCAACCCAUCGGUCGCGAAAUCACCAUCGACUUAGCGCGCCAUCUGAUCCACGGCCACUCCAUCGGCGACCCCCAAAUCCUCACCAUCUUAAACAACACAGUCAUACACGUCAUACCCGUAAUAGACACGGCCUUCGAACAAAUAUGGGGCGACUACCCCAAAGAACUCACCACCGGUUGGAAAAAACCCACCCUCUACACUUGCAACAACAUCACGGCCGACUUCAAACAAGUCGGUGACCAGAUCAUAGGUGGCGUUCGCGUCAACGGAGGACUUAAGUCAGUUGCCACCGCGUUUAAGCACAUGUUGAUGGAGGAGAAGUUCGACUUGGUGUUGAACAUUGAGGGGGGAAGCGGGGGGAUAAUAUACCCGAAAACUGGCGCCAAAUUUGAAUUGUAUGGGGUGUAUGCGGAGGCGUACUUAAAGUCGGCGAAAGGGGGGGUUCAGUGUGAGAGGAACGUGAAAGGGACGGACGAUGAGAUCACCAGCGCCCUCUACCGAGAGUAUAAUGUGCCUGUGCUCACUGCUAAAGUGAGUUGUUGUGACUACCCAUUCGUCGGAGAUAUUCCGUAUAUAUGGCGACAAUCUCUGGCUCCGCUUAUGACAGUUCUGACCUUUACAACCACAGGAGUCCAAGGGUUCGUCCAAGACGAAAAGAUGGCGCCUAUGCGCAACGCAACUGUCAAAGUGAACGGCCUUGACCGCACCUUUGAUGUCACUAAAACCAGCGCCCACUUCAAAAUCAUGUUGCCCCCUGGCCAGUACACUUUCGAAGUGUCCUGCCACUACUACACCACCACCACCCUUGGCGUCACCGUCGUCCAAGGCCAACUGUCAUUCGUCCGUGUCAUCUUAACAAAAUCCACCACCAUCAACGUGGAAACCGACACGGAAUUGACCAAACCCUUGGUGGUAGACGGCGCUGUGACCUCGGGUAUUCGAGGUUACGUCAAAGACAACCUCAACCACCCAAUCCCAGCCGCCUUGGUUACCGUAGUCGAACAAAACGUGACCGUACUGUCGGACGAUAACGGCAAGUACGGCGUUCCCGUCCCCCCUGGAACGUACACGUUGGAGGUGAGCGCCUCCGGGUACCACAAAGAAAUCAAGUACAUGUCGGUGGACGACGUUUCCGUCAAUCCGCACAUCGUGAUCUUCACUCUAGUCAAGAAUACGAGCGUGUGGGGGAUGCCGCGAUUAGUUUUUGUUAUUUUUAUGGGCUUCGUGUGUUUCAUGGGGCUGGGGUUGGGGUUGUUGUGUUACCUGGGGUGUCGCAAGAGGAGCGAGUAUGGGUUGUUGUCGCAGAAUGCGUUCUAUGAGGAUUUUAGGGACUUCGACGAGUCGAAGGAGAAGGAGUUGUUCAGUAGGCCGCUGCCAGAGAAACCAGUGACGAGGCCGUAUUUCGACGACGACGAUUUUUCGGACGCUGAUGUGAGCUCGGACGAUGAGGACGACAUUGUGUUGCUGCAAUCGAAACAAUAGAGUACCUUAUUUUUCAGUGAUAUUGACAGUAGGACCAAAAAGUAGUUUGUGAUCUCCAUACUACUAAAAUUUUAUUUAAAUAAUCGGAGCAAAGAUUUAUUGUCGGUAGUAUUUUUGAUCGCGUAGCGUUAAAAAUUGACUAUAUUUUUUAUAAGGAAGAUUUUUGUAUAUACGGAUUUAGACUAUUCAUUGGUAGCUUGGAACUUUGUCGUUGUUAACUGAUGGGCAUCUUGUCCGACAUUCCGUUUUGUGUUAUAAUUGACAUCACUAGAAUGAUUAUUUUAUAUUUAUAAUAACAUUUACUUUUACCUAAACGUUAUAGUAGUGUUUUAAGUAGUCAAAAAGAAAUAAUAAACAGUGCAAUUUUAA